AUGGCCAGCCAACAGGAUUCCGGCUUCUUUGAAAUCAGUAUCAAAUAUUUACUGAAAUCCUGGAGCAAUACAUCUCCAGUAGGUAACGGAUACAUUAAACCACCCGUCCCUUCUGUUUCUGGCACACAAAAGGAAAAGGGACCUCCAACCAUGCUACCUAUCAAUGUUGAUCCAGAUAGUAAGCCUGGAGAAUAUGUCUUGAAAAGUUUAUUUGUUAACUUUACCAUCUUGGCUGAACGCAAGAUCCGCAUCAUCAUGGCAGAACCUCUGGAAAAACCAUUGAGCAAAUCUUUGCAACAUGGAGAAGAUCCACAGUUUGAUCAAGUAAUUAGUUCAAUGAGCUCUCUUUCAGAAUAUUGUCUACCUUCUAUCCUGCGCACUUUGUUUGAUUGGUAUAAAAGACAAAAUGGCAUUGAAGAUGAAUCUCAUGAAUACAGACCAAGAACAAGCACAAAAUCCAAAAGUGAUGAGCAGCAACGAGACUAUUUAAUGGAAAGAAGAGAUCUUGCUAUUGAUUUUAUUUUUUCUUUAGUAUUAAUAGAAGUAUUGAAACAGAUUCAGCUUCAUCCUGUAAUUGAUGGUUUGGUACAUGAUGUUAUUAAUUUGGCUUUCAAGCACUUUAAAUACAAAGAAGGGUACCUAGGUCCCAACACUGGAAAUAUGCACAUUGUUGCAGAUCUCUAUGCUGAGGUAAUAGGGGUACUAGCACAAGCAAAAUUUCCAGCUGUGAAGAAGAAAUUUAUGGCAGAAUUAAAAGAGCUGCGACAUAAGGAACAGAAUCCUUACAUGGUUCAAAGCAUUAUCAGUCUAAUCAUGGGGAUGAAAUUCUUCCGUAUUAAAAUGUACCCUGUAGAAGAUUUUGAAGCUUCCCUUCAGUUCAUGCAGGAAUGUGCACAUUAUUUUAUUGAAGUUAAAGACAAAGAUAUCAAACAUGCAUUAGCAGGCUUGUUUGUUGAAAUUCUUGUCCCAGUAGCUGCUGCUGUUAAAAAUGAAGUGAAUGUUCCCUGUCUGAGGAAUUUUGUUGAAAGCCUCUAUGAUACAACACUCGAAUUAUCUUCACGAAAGAAGCAUUCACUGGCUUUGUAUCCUCUUGUAACAUGCCUGCUUUGUGUCAGUCAAAAACAGUUCUUUCUAAAUAGAUGGCAUAUUUUUCUCAACAACUGCCUGUCCAAUCUCAAAAACAAAGAUCCAAAAAUGGCUCGAGUUGCACUGGAAUCUCUCUACAGACUGUUGUGGGUUUAUAUGAUUAGAAUUAAAUGUGAAAGUAAUACAACUACCCAAAGUCGGCUUAUAACAAUCAUCACAACCCUUUUUCCAAAAGGUUCCCGAGGUGUGGUACCACGAGACAUGCCUCUGAACAUUUUUGUGAAAAUUAUACAGUUUAUUGCACAGGAACGUUUGGAUUUUGCAAUGAAAGAAAUCAUUUUUGAUUUUCUUUAUGUUGGAAAGCCAGCAAAAGCAUUUAGUCUAAAUCCAGAGAGAAUGAAUAUUGGUCUGAGAGCUUUCUUGGUUAUUGCGGAUAGUUUGCAGCAAAAAGAUGGGGAACCUCCAAUGCCUGUUACUGGAGCCGUACUGCCUUCAGGAAACACGCUACGAGUGAAGAAAAUUUACUUGAGCAAAACUCUCACAGAGGAGGAAGCUAAAAUGAUAGGCAUGUCAAUGUAUUAUUCUCAAGUAAGAAAAGCUGUAGACAACAUACUGCGACAUCUUGAUAAAGAAGUUGGGCGAUGCAUGAUGCUCACAAAUAUACAAAUGUUAAACAAAGAACCUGAAGAUAUGAUCACAGGUGAAAGAAAACCAAAAAUUGAUCUUUUCAGGACUUGUGUUGCUGCUAUUCCACGACUCCUUCCUGAUGGAAUGUCUAAAUUAGAGCUGAUUGACUUGCUAUCAAGGCUUUCUAUACAUAUGGAUGAUGAACUUCGGCACAUUGCUCAAAAUUCACUUCAAGGCCUACUAGUUGAUUUUGUGGAUUGGAGAGAGGACGUUCUUUUUGGUUUCACAAAUUUUUUGUUGCGUGAAGUGAAUGAUGUGCAUAAUAGUCUCCUGGAUACGUCUUUAAAAUUAUUGUUACAGUUGCUAACACAAUGGAAGCUUACAAUACACACUUCGGGGAAGACCAGUGAACAGACAAAAGUCAGAUCUUCAGAGCUGAUAGCAAAUGGAUCCAGUCAAAGGACCCAGACUGAACGAAGUUCUUAUUCAAAUGUACUGCAUGCUGUUGAAGGUUUUGCACUGGUAUUGCUCUGCAGUUUCCAAGUUGCCACACGUAAACUGGCAGUUUUGAUUCUCAGAGAGGUCCGUGCUUUAUUUCAUGCACUAGGACAAGCAGAGGAUGAUGAUAGACCUAUGAUUGAUGUUAUGGACCAGCUAAGUUCUUCUAUUCUAGAAAGUUUUAUUCAUGUGGCAGUUUCUGACUCAACAACAUUACCAUUAACACAUAAUGUGGAUUUGCAAUGGCUGGUAGAAUGGAAUGCAGUACUUGUUAAUAGCCAUUACGAUGUAAAAAGCCCUUCCCAUGUCUGGAUAUUUGCACAGUCAGUCAAAGAUCCUUGGGUUCUCUGCCUUUUCAGUUUUCUUAGGCAAGAGAACUUACCGAAGCAUUGUCCUACAGCUCUUAGCUAUGCUUGGCCUUAUGCAUUUACAAGGCUACAGCUGGUGAUGCCUUUGGUUGAUCCAAAUAGUCCCAUGAAUGCAAAGAAAACAAGUACACCCAGCACUGGGGAUCAUUAUGUAACUUUGUGGAGAAACUAUCUGAUUCUCUGCUUUGGAGUAGCUAAACCCAGCAUUAUGAGUCCUGGACAUCUGCGUGUUUCAACACCAGAGAUCAUGGCUACUACGCCUGAUGGUACCAUUAGCUAUGAUAAUAAGGCUAUAGGAACUCCAUCUGUUGGUGUGUUAUUAAAACAGCUAGUGCCUUUGAUGAGACUUGAAAGCAUAGAAAUCACUGAAUCACUUGUGCUAGGCUUUGGAAGAACUAAUGCUCUUGUUUUCAGGGAAUUAGUGGAAGAACUUCACCCUCUAAUGAAGGAAGCAUUAGAGAGAAGACCAGAGAAUAAGAAACGUCGUGAGCGCAGAGAUCUCUUACGAUUACAGCUGUUGCGAAUUUUUGAAUUACUUGCUGAUGCUGGUGUGAUAAGUGAUAGUACAAAUGGUGCCUUGGAGCGAGAUACCCUAGCACUGGGAGCCUUGUUCUUAGAAUAUGUCGACCUAACGCGCAUGUUAUUGGAAGCUGAAAAUGAUAAAGAAGUUGAGAUUCUCAAGGACAUGAGAGCCCAUUUUAGUGCAAUGCUUGCUAACUUGAUUCAAUGUGUUCCAGUUCAUCAUAGGAGGUUUCUUUUCCCUCAGCAAAGCUUGAGGCACCACCUCUUCAUCCUGUUUAGUCAAUGGGCUGGACCCUUCAGUAUCAUGUUUACACCUCUGGAUCGUUAUAGUGAUAGAAAUCAUCAGAUUACAAGAUACCAGUAUUGUGCUUUAAAGGCCAUGUCAGCAGUGCUGUGCUGUGGCCCUGUGUUUGACAAUGUGGGUCUUUCCCCUGAUGGCUAUCUUUAUAAAUGGCUUGAUAAUAUUCUAGCUUGCCAAGAUUUACGGGUUCAUCAGCUUGGCUGUGAAGUUGUUGUCUUGUUGUUGGAGUUGAAUCCUGACCAAAUCAAUCUCUUUAACUGGGCUAUAGAUCGAUGUUAUACUGGAUCCCAUCAGCUUGCUUCAGGAUGCUUCAUAGCCAUUGCAACUGUGUGUGGAAGCAGGAACUACCCUUUUGACAUUGUGACUCUUUUAAAUCUAGUCUUGUUUAAAGCAUCUGACACCAGCAGAGAGAUUUAUGAAAUUUCCAUGCAACUCAUGCAGAUUUUGGAAACAAAGCUUUUUGUUUAUUCCAAGAAAAUAGCUGAGCGAAGACCUGGCAGCAUUCUUUAUGGGACUCAUGGUCCUUUGCCACCACUUUACAGUGUCUCAUUAGCUCAUCUGUCCUACGAACUAGCAAGAAUGUACCCUGAGCUGACACUUCCAUUGUUUUCAGAAGUAAGUCAACGAUUUCCAACAACUCAUCCAAAUGGGCGCCAGAUCAUGCUCACCUACUUGCUACCAUGGCUUCAUAACAUUGAGCUAGUAGACAGCAGACUUCUUCUCCCAGGUUCAAGUCCUACCACCCCUGAAGAUGAAAUAAAGGAUAAAGAUGGAGAAGUAACUGUUUCAUGUGGCUUGAAAGGAAAUGGCUGGGGCUCACCAGAAGCCACAUCAUUGGUGCUUAAUAAUCUGAUGUAUAUGACAGCCAAAUAUGGAGAUGAAGUUCCUGGACCAGAAAUGGAGAACGUCUGGAAUGCUUUAGCUAAUAAUGAAAAAUGGAGCAACAAUCUGAGAAUAACUCUGCAGUUUCUGAUAAGCUUAUGUGGGGUUAGCAGUGAUACAAUUCUUUUACCUUAUAUCAAAAAAGUUGCCAUCUAUAUGUGUCGGAACAAUACUAUUCAAACAAUGGAAGAACUUCUAUUUGAGCUCCAGCAAACAGAUCCCGUGAAUCCCAUAGUUCAGCAUUGUGACAAUCCACCAUUUUAUCGUUUUACUGCCAGCAACAAAGCUUCAGUUGUUGCUUCUGGAACUACAUCAAGCAGUAACACUGUUGUAGCUGGCCAAGAUAGUUUUGCAGACAUUGAAGACAAUAGAAUUUUAAAAGAGACAGAUGAGAGGUUUAGUAAUGUGAUCAGAGCACAUAAUCGAUUAGAAUCAAGAUACAGCAAUAGCUCUGGAGGAUCUUACGACGAUGAUAAAAAUGAUCCUAUUUCUCCAUAUACAAGUUGGCUGCUGAAUAUUGUGGAAAUGAAACAGCCACAACCUUUGCCAAUGCCAUUUAAUGGAGGGUGCUGGGCACCACUUGUUGACUACCUUCCAGAAACGAUUACACCACGGGGACCCCUCCAUAGGUGCAAUAUUGCUGUUAUUUUCAUGACUGAAAUGGUAGUAGAUCAUAGUGUAAGAGAAGACUGGGCCCUUCACCUACCAUUACUGUUGCAUGCUCUGUUUUUAGGCCUUGAUCAUUAUCGUCCAGAAGUCUUUGAGCAUAGCAAGAAGCUGUUACUCCAUCUGCUAAUUGUAUUGUCAUGUAAUAGCAAUUUUCAAGCCAUAGCCUCAAUGCUUCUUCAGACUAGAGAGAUGAAUGAAACCAAGACACUUACAGUCCAGCCUGUGCAUUUGCCCGAAUUCUUCUAUACAGGUGGCUUUGACUUUCUGCGGGAGUAUCAGUCUUCCCCUGUGCCAGACUCUGGGCUCAGCUCUAGUUCCACCUCUUCCAGCAUCAGCCUUGGAGGGAGCAGUGGAAAUCUCCCACAAAUCACCCAGGAGAUAGAAGACAUUGACCCAACUUUGGAGACAAAUGAAAAGGCAAACAAACUAAUAGAGUUUCUAACCACCAGGGCAUUUGGUCCACUCUGGUGCCAUGAAGAUAUCACACCCAAAAACCAGAAUACAAAAAGUGCAGAGCAGCUUACCAACUUCUUGCGUCAUGUUGUGUCUGUCUUUAAAGAUUCUAAAUCAGGCUUUCAUUUGGAGCAACAUCUUAGUGAAAUUGCAUUGCAAACAGCUCUUUCUAGUUCCUCAAGACAUUAUGCUGGCCGCUCUUUUCAGAUAUUUCGGGCUCUAAAACAGCCACUUUCAGCACAUGCAUUGUCCGAUCUGCUUUCAAGAUUAGUGGAAGUUAUAGGAGAACAUGGAGAAGAAAUUCAGGGUUAUGUUAUGGAAGCCCUUCUUACAUUAGAAGCCACUGUGGAUACUCUGUAUGAUUGUCUGAAGAACAGCGAUCUUUUGACAGUUUUAUCACGUUCAUCCUCACCAGACUUGACAUCAAGUGCAAAACUGACAGCCAAUCGGAAGAGCACAGGACAACUUAAUGUGAAUUCAGGAGCUGUCAGUGGCAGUACGGGCACUGCUGAGCGUAGCAGACAUCAGAGGAGUUUUUCAGUGCCUAAAAAGUUUGGGGUUGUGGAUAGAACUUCUGAUCCCCCUCGCAGUGCCACUCUGGAUAGAAUUCAGGCUUGCACACAGCAAGGCCUUUCCUCCAAAACUAGGAGCUCCACUUCUUUGAAGGACAGUCUUUCAGAUCCUACCAAUAUUAACAAUCCAACUAACCUGCUGGCUACCAUUUUCUGGGGAGCAGUGGCUUUGAUGGAAUCUGAUUUUGAAUUUGAGUAUCUAAUGGCACUAAGACUGCUCAGUAAGCUACUCGUUCAUCUGCCACUAGAUAAAGUAGAAAACAGGGAAAAAUUAGAAAAGCUACAAGGACAACUAAAAUGGACAGAUUUCUCAGGGCUCCAACAACUUCUGCUUAAAGGUUUUACUUCUCUAACAACUACUGAUCUCACACUCCAGCUCUUCAGUUUGCUGACUCCAGUAUCACGUGUAUCCAUGGUGGAUUCCUCUCAGGCUAUAGGAUUUCCACUGAAUGUUUUAUGCCUUCUGCCUCAUUUAAUUCAGCACUUUGAUGGCCCAAAUCAGCUCUGCAAGGAUAUAGCAGAGAGGAUUGCUCAGAGCAUUCACUGGCGAGAAGCCCUCAAUAUACUUAAAUUGGUGGUUGCACGCUCAGCAAGCCUGGUUCUACCUUCUUAUCAGCAUAGUGAUAUUUCAAAAAUGGAAAUACAUUGCAUCUGGAAUAAUGCAUCCAAGGAAUUGCCUGGAAAAACUUUAGAGUUCCAGUUUGAUAUUUCUGAGACACCAAUUAUUGGCAAGCGAUAUGAUGAGCUGCAGACUUCUUUGGGUCGUGAUGGAAAACAUAGAAUAAUGCCUGUCACACGUAGCACGUCUUCAACAUCUUCUGGGUCUAAUUCCAAUGUCCUUGUGCCUGUUAGUUGGAAGAGACCUCAGUAUUCGCAGAAAAGAACAAAAGAAAAGUUGGUGCAUGUUCUUAGUCUUUGUGGUCAAGAGGUUGGUCUGAGCAAAAACCCCUCAGUCAUUUUUUCUUCCUGUGGUGAUUUGGAUCUGAUUGAGCACCAAACUAGUCUAGUAGCUUCAGAAGACGGACAACGUGAACAAGAGAAUAUGGAUGAUUCCAACAGUGAGCAACAGUUCCGAGUCUUUAGAGAUUUUGAUUUCCUAGAUGUGGAAUUAGAAGAUGGUGAGGGUGAAAGCAUGGACAAUUUCAACUGGGGAGUUCGUAGGCGUUCUCUUGACAGUCUGGACAAGUGUGAUAUGCAGCUUCUGGAAGAAAGCCAGCUUUCAGGAAGUAUUCCCAGCCUAAACAAAAUCAACCAUGAAGAUUCUGAUGAAUCAUCGGAAGAGGAGGACCUUACAACAAGCCAAAUCUUGGAACAAUCAGAACUUAUCAUGACACUUUCCCCUUCUGAAGACACAAAUCACAUUGAUGCCCUUUCCACACCAUGUGAGGCAGCAGCAACCGGUCCACCUCCUUUCAGUUCAAGAACCUCUAGUUUUAACACAUCUUUGCCAGAAAUGAAUAAUCUCCAGGUCUCUGAAGAGUCAAAGGUGGAAGGUGCCCAAGAAGAAGAAGAUACCUCAGUCCAGGAGGAUGAUCUAUCCGGAUCUACCAAUGAACUCCCAGCAGCAUUUGAAUACAGUGAUAGUUUUAGUCUAGAUAUGACUGAAGCUGAAGAAAAAGGUGACCGACUUCUAGACCAAUAUGCACUUGCCAGUUUUGGUGAAGGAGACCGCAUUGCUUCACCCCCACCUUCCCCAUUCUUUUCUGCUAUCCUGGCUGCAUUUCAACCUACUGCCUGUGAUGCUGCAGAAGAAGCCUGGCGUAGUCAUAUAAACCAGCUUAUGUGUGACUCAGAUGGCUCCUGUGCUGUUUAUACUUUCCAUGUGUUUUCCUCCUUGUUUAAGAAUAUUCAGAAAAGAUUCUGCUUUCUAACUUGUGAUGCUGCCAGCUAUCUUGGUGACAAUCUGCGAGGAAUUGGCUCAAAGUUUGUUAGCUCAUCCCAGAUGCUGACUUCAUGUUCAGAAUGUCCUACACUUUUUGUAGAUGCUGAAACCCUUCUCUCUUGUGGGCUUCUAGAGAAAUUAAAGUUUAGUGUCUUAGAACUGCAAGAAUACUUGGAUACAUAUAAUAACAGAAAAGAAGCAACACUUUCUUGGCUGGCAAACUGCAAGGCAACUUUUUCAGGGGGUUCAAGAGAUGGGGUUAUCACCUGUCAGCCAGGAGAUUCAGAAGAAAAGCAAUUGGAACUGUGUCAGAGAUUAUAUAAGCUGCACUUUCAGUUGUUGUUGCUUUUUCAGUCAUACUGUAAACUCAUCGGACAGGUGCAUGAAGUUAGUACAAUGCCAGAGCUGCUAAAUAUGUCACGAGAACUGAGUGAGUUAAAGAAAAACCUUAAGGAAGCUAGUGCUGCCAUUGCAGUUGAUCCAUCGAUUAUAGAAAGUGGUACCUCUGAACCCAUGUUCACUUCUACAGAAAUAGCUAUUCAAUUUAUGCUAGAGUGUCUGAGAAACAAUGAACUUGGAAAAGCUCUACACCAAAUAAGAGAAUGCAGGAAUUUAUGGCCGAAUGACAUUUUUGGAAGCAGUUCUGAUGAUGAAGUCCAGACUCUAUUGAAUAUUUACUUCCGGCACCAAACACUAGGGCAAUCUGGCACUUAUGCGUUGGUAGGCUCUAACCAAAGCCUGACCGAAAUCUGUACGAAACUGAUGGAGCUGAACAUAGAAAUCCGGGACAUGAUCCGGCGAGCUCAAAGCUACCGCGUGAUCAAUUCUUUUCUUCCAGAUUCCAGUGUCUCUGGCACGAGUCUCUGACAAAAGUCUUGUGCCCCCUACCUCUUUCAGGCUGGGAUUGCUUCCAUGCUGGGAUGAGAUGGUUCAGUGCAUUUUCAGCUUUCGAAAGAGUUGGUCAAGUCAUAGUCAAUCUUGUUACUUUUACAAUAUUUUCCAAGAAAAGUUGGGCAGUGUUUUCAGAGUGCAGUCAUAAUAUAAGGACAAAGGUAGCAUCAAAUCCUUUGUUCUGAACUACACACCCAAAUGACUUUCACAGGGCAACUGCAAUUCACUACUGAAGAAGUGACUUCCUUACAUACCAAAGACUACUACACUGAGCAAGACUUCCUUUCUAGAAAAUAGUUUUAGAUAUCAAAAGUGCAAUCUCUCCUUCACUUUAGGAUUUUUUUUUAGUUUUGUACAUUUAUUCCUUUGACCAAGUUAUUAAAAACAGGCAGAAUGAAGCUUAGCGACAAGAUACUGAAAGACUGUCACUGCGAAAGCUGAGAGCCUCUGCAUAUGAAAAUUGUUGUAAAGGACUACAGAUGUGCACUGUAAUUUAAAUAUGAUUAGUGUAUCUUCUAAAUAGGGAAAAAAUAAGCUGCUACGAAGUACAUUUGUUGAUGUUGCUAGGCUACUGUCUUGGAAGGUACUAGAUCCUAUUUCAUGAGGUCUGUUAUGAAGACCCAAGUACCUAUGAAUGGACUAAGAUUUUUUUUUAAAAAAGAUUUUGGCUGCUUUUUACUAGAGAGUUGCUUUUAUGUAUAUUUAUAUUAAGAAUGCUGGUCUGGCAUAAGUUGUCAUUUUGUAGAAAAAUAUGUCUGAUUUAAAUUCUUUUGAACUGGUACAUGCAUCUUUUAAUUUUAAUGUACAUUUGGAAUAUAACACUGAAAUUAUUAAGUACAGAUCAGAUUUACUUUCUAUUUUCAAGUGGGGGGUUGCUUAUUAGUAAUAUAUGUUCCUGUUUUCUGCAAUUUGUUUUUGCACUUACUGCUGUAAAGAGUUAAAAUAAGUGCAUGUAAGUUAUUUGCACAUUUGAGACACUUUUAUUCCAACAUUGUGUCACUUAUUCGCCCUGUAAAUACAUUUAAAGGUUUUUGUGAAUUUUCUUUUAAUAUUUUGAUCAUUAGAUCUCAAAUAUAAAAAUCUAUAUAUGUAUGUGUGUGUAUGUACAUGCAUACAUACAUAUAUCUAUAUACAUACACAUUAGUGUGUAAAUGUACUAAAUUGUAAUGAGUUUAUGCUAUAAAAUAUAUGGAAACAAUUCUGUAAGAAUAUUUUGAAAUCAGGUUUUUAGUUGGGCUUGAAUCAACAUGUAAAUUAGUCCACCUUUUAUGUGCUCACUAUGCAUCCAAACAUUAACCUGCACAAAUUGAUAUAAAUUUAACAAAAUCCCUUAAAAUUAAUGUAUUCUUGCUCAACCGGUUCUCUCUAGCUAAGCUUUGUCAAUCUGGUGUCUUCCAGAGAUGUUGGGACCACUAAUACCAGAAUUUCUAACUAGAGAAUAUACUGGAAUUCUGGGACUUAAAGUCCAAACAAGUGGGAAAGGAACCAGGCUGAAAGGGCUUCUGCAAAUAUAUGAAAAUUGUUCUCCCUUCCUCAAAACAGUAAUUUGAACAUAUAUAAGGGAAGCAAAGUAUUAGUUUGAAUUGUAAUGAAAAAGUCAAGCUGUUAAGAAAUACAUAUUAUGUUAUGCAAAAUGUAAGUGUACUUAUUCUGUAACACCACGAUUGAGCAGAAUGGGCUCUAUAGGUGUGAACCUCUUCCUGCUGGAUUGUGCCACCUUUAUUAUAGAAGCCAAUUUAAAAUUUCAUUUCCUAAAAGUGAUUCAAACAGGAAUUAAAAUAGUGUAUCUUUCAUUCAGAUUAUAAAAUCAACAUGUCAUUUGCUAGGUAUUUAUCUUGGUUUCUUCUCUCUAUUGAGUUGGAAGAGAGACAAGCUUUAUGCUUAGUGACUAAGGCCUACCAUAAUCAUAUGGAUUUGGGGAGUAUUAAUGGGAUAUAAAAUUAUUUUUAUUGCUUAUAAUCUUAUGUGGCAAGUCCGUGUCAGCUAACCCUCAUAAAAGCUAACAUGAAGUGCCUCUUUCACUGUGUGACUCGAGUGCUGCCCUACUCACUUAGUUACUAUUCUCUUAGAGGAAUGCUUUGUAAGAGAUUAACAAAUGUUUCUGAGUGUUAGUAAAUCUAAUAUAA